AUGGGGGUGGCGGAGCUCGGCGGCUGGGGGUGGCCGAGAGGGAGCGAUAAGCCGUGGAGCGGGAGGAAAGGGAAAGCGGGCGCCAGGGCCAGGGAGCAGCGGGCGUCGGCGUCGGUGGGGGCCAGGGAGCGGCGGGAGCAGCGGUCGUCGGCGUCAGCGGACGCCAGGGCCAGGGAGCAUCGGGCGUCGGCGGGCGGCAGGGCCAGGGAGCGGCGGGAGCAGCGGGACGAGGCGUCGGCGGGCACCAGGGCCAGGAAGCGGCGGGAGCAACGGGACGAGGCGUCGGCGGGCACCAGGGCCAGGAAGCGGCGGGAGCCGCGGGACGAGGCGUUGGCGGGCACUAGGGCCAGGGAGCGGCUGGAGCAACGGGACGAGGCGUCGGCGGGCACCAGGGCCAGGAAGCGGCGGGAGCCGCGGGACGAGGCGUCGGCGGGCACCAGGGCCAGGGAGCGGCGGGAGCAGCGGGACGAGGCGUUGGCGGGCACCAGGGGCAGGGAGCGGAUGCCGGCGUGGCCGUGGCAGGUGUAG